AUGGCCAGUGCUAUCAAGAGUGCGCUGCCUACCCACCUCAAGCCCAACAGCGGCGAUGAGCAGGGCAAUGAGCGUCGUCAUGGUAAGACGCGCAGUCACAUGGCUUUCGAGAACACCUCCACCAACGUCGCUGCUGCUCAGAUGCGAAAUGCUCUGACCAACCUCGCCGAGACCGUCAAGGAUCCCGAACAAAAGAAGGCAAGUCCUUCAACCCGAAACCUGUUCGAGACUGAGAUGGACAACUUCUUCGCCCUUUUCCGACGAUACCUUAACGACAAGGCCAAGGGCAACGCCGUAGACUGGGAUCGCAUUGCCCCUCCCGCUCAGGGUCAGGUUGUCGAUUACGAGGAUCUUGCCAACACCGAGUCUGUCCAGUUCCUCAACAAGCUGGCUGUGCUCAAGCUCAACGGUGGUCUGGGAACCUCCAUGGGUUGUGUCGGCCCCAAGUCCGUUAUCGAGGUCCGUGACGGCAUGUCCUUCCUCGAUCUUUCCGUCCGACAGAUCGAGUACCUGAACCGUACCUACGACGUCAACGUCCCUUUCAUUCUUAUGAACUCCUUCAACACAAAUGACGACACUGCCGCCAUUAUCAAGAAGUAUGAGGGCCACAACGUCGAUAUCCUUACCUUCAACCAGUCUCGAUACCCCAGAGUAUACAAGGACUCUCUCCUCCCCGUCCCCAAGGACAACGACUCCCCCAUCAACGAGUGGUACCCCCCUGGCCACGGUGACGUUUUCGAGUCCCUCUACAACUCUGGCAUUCUCGACAAGCUUCUCGAGCGAGGUAUCGAGAUCAUCUUCCUUUCCAACGUCGACAACCUGGGCGCCGUGGUCGACCUUCGCAUCCUCCAGCACAUGAUGGAGACAAACGCUGAGUACAUCAUGGAGCUGACCAACAAGACCAAGGCCGACGUCAAGGGUGGUACCAUCAUCGACUACGAGGGCUCAGUCCGCCUGCUCGAAAUUGCCCAGGUACCCAAGGAACAUGUCAAUGAGUUCAAGUCUAUCAAGAAGUUCAAGUACUUCAACACCAACAACAUCUGGCUCAACCUAAAGGCCAUCAAGCGUGUGGUAGAGAACGACGAACUCGAGAUGGAGAUUAUCCCCAAUGGCAAGACCAUCCCUGGUGACAAGAAGGGCGAGUCCGAUAUCUCCAUCAUUCAGCUCGAGACCGCUGUCGGUGCUGCUAUCCGCCACUUCAACAACGCUCACGGCGUCAACGUUCCCCGUCGACGAUUCUUGCCCGUCAAGACCUGUUCCGACCUGAUGCUGGUCAAGUCUGAUCUCUACACAUUGAAGCACGGCCAGCUUCAAAUGAGCGCCGCCCGCUUCGGUGACGCGCCCCUGAUCAAGCUUGGUGGUGACUUCAAGAAGGUCUCAGACUUCCAGAAGCGAAUCCCCUCCAUUCCUAAGGUGCUUGAGCUGGAUCACCUCACCAUCACCGGUGCUGUCAAUCUUGGCCGCGGCGUAACGCUCAAGGGCACUGUUAUCAUCGUCGCGACAGAGGGCAGCACCAUCGACAUCCCCCCUGGAUCGAUCCUCGAGAACGUGGUUGUCCAGGGUAGCUUGCGCCUGCUCGAACAUUAA